AACUAUCAAUAUUCAACUAAUAUUUAAUCACAUGACUUAAUUUACCAAUCACAAUAUAGAGUCAAAUAGCAGUGACCUUGGAAUUGUGAUUAUAUACCAAUUGACAACAAUAAUUGAUAAUACGUGCUAAUAAGGGAAUAAUUUUUCAACCCGAACUAUGUCCAGAAUUAUUGUUCUUCAAGCACAUACACGUAAACUAUUAAAUCAUUAUGAUAUAAAAUCUAAACAAGAAAAUCGAUAUAAAUUAUUAAACAAUUUCCAACAAUUAUCCAUUCCUUUGAGAUUUGAAGAAAAUGAUCUCCUUAAUUUAUCCAAUCAGAAUGAUGAUCUUCAAGUUGUAAAUAAUCCAGAUAAACUGAGAUUGCAUUUCAACGAUUCAGCAGUAAAUGUUUCCAAUACUGAUGGACAACAAAGAAGAAUCUCAAAAGCAUUCUACCCAGUGAAUGUAAAUGGAUUGCUGAUUUGGAAUCUGUGUAUUGACAAUAAACCAAAUGAAAUUAUUCUGUGUCCUGAAACAUUUCAGAUAUGGCUGACUAAUCAGAAGAUCGAAAAUAUCAAGGUUCAUUUAAGUUGGAAUGAUCAACUACACCGUGGAAUACUCUCCCUUCAGUUUCAAACGAACUUCCUGAAUGAUUCAAAUAAUAAUAAUAAACAAUUAUGUCGACAUAAUAUGAAAAGUUUCAAUUAUGAAUUCAUUAUUUCUGCAUUAUGUUUUUCCGAAAUCUCACUAUUAGUGGAAAAUGAAGAACUUAAUUUGGAUCCAUUACAAUUAAUACAUAUAAAAUCAUUUAUGGAUAUGUCAACAACUAAUUGGACUACUCGUUAUGUUUAUCAUAGUUAAAUUUGUAUAUUUACAAAAAAAAAUUUGCAUCACUUAAGAUCAUAAAUAUUGUAAUUAGUUAACUGAUGAAUGAAAAUACCAAUGCGUUGAAUAAAAAAA